CCUCAAAAGGAAAGAUAAAAGAGAUCUUUUAAAGUUUUUUUUUUUACCUUCUCUCCAUGGACUUGUCUGUACUUGAUAGGCUUAAAUGGCUGCAACAGCAACAGUUGGUUUCACCUGAGUUUCUUCAGAUAAUUAGCUCAGACGGGAGAGAAGAGCUCAACAGAGUCGAGAGUUACUUGGGAAACAACAAUGAUGAGUUGCAAAGUUUCAGACAUUUUCCAGAAUUCGGACCGGAUUAUGAUACUAUUGAUGGCUGCAUUUCCAGGACAAGCAGCUUCCGUAUGGAACCAGUGAAGAACAAUGGAGACAACAGAGCCAUUGCCUUGCAGAACAAGAGAAAACCACAGGGUAAGACAGAAAAGAGAGAGAAGAAGAAGAUCAAAUCAGAGGAUGAAACAGAGUCAAGCAUGAAAGCGAAAUCACACAUGAGCAACACAGAGACAUCUUCAGAGAUUCAGAAACCAGAUUACAUCCAUGUGAGAGCUAGACGAGGUGAAGCCACCGACAGACACAGCUUAGCAGAAAGGGCAAGGAGAGAAAAGAUAAGCAAGAAGAUGAAAUGUCUUCAAGAUAUUGUCCCUGGAUGCAAUAAAGUUACUGGAAAAGCCGGUAUGCUUGAUGAGAUCAUCAACUAUGUCCAAUCUCUGCAACAGCAAGUUGAGUUCCUGUCGAUGAAACUCUCUGUCGUAAAUCCAGAACUUGAGUGUCAUAUCGAUGAAUUAUCCGCAAAACAGUUUCAGGCUUACUUCACAGGACUUCCAGAAGCUGUCUCGAAGCAGUCAAUGAUGGCGGAUUUUCGAUCUUUUCCAUUACAUCAGCAAGGAUCUCUUGACUACUCAGUCAUAAACGCAAAUCAAAUCACAUCUCUCAGCGCUAAAGAUCAGACAUCUUCAAGCUGGGAAGCUCACUCACAAUGUCUUUACAACAGCUUCAGAACCGAUUCCGUUUCCAAUCUCUUCAGCCUCAAGUAAAAAGCUAGGGAUAGAGACUAGAGAGAGUCAUUACAAAAAUCUUUUUUUUUCCUUUUUUUCUUAUCCUUUUAUCUAUGUUAUCUGAAAUUUGAACCAGAAAGACAAAGGAACCCAAUCCAAAGAUCUUUCAAUACUAUCUUCUUCAUACGAUAGAGAUAUAAAUUCCAGGGGA